AUGCUUUCAAAAAACUCCUUAGGCCAAGCCGACCUCAUCGAUCGGGUAGAUGUUGUCGGGCUCAAGCUGGGACUGGUGCUCGAGAUGGAUGUAAAGCCGACGUCCUCGCUGAUGGGCUUUGCUCAAGCACACGUGGCUGUUGAGCAAGGGCGUGAAGUAGCUGAGGCUUCUGAAGCCAGUGAAGCUACGGAAGCUCGCGACGCCACCCAACUCCACAUCAAGCCCAAGCUGCCGCUCAACACCGUUGAGCCAGUUGGGCGUGAAGUAGCUGAAGUAGCUGAGGCUUCUGAAGCCUGUGAAGCUACGGAAGCUAACGAGGCCUCCGACUGCACAUCAAGGGUAGCGCCGACGCCAUCGCUUCUAACUCCCCGGAAGCAGCGUCGCCUCACGAUGGCCACGAGCAAAUUUGAAUGGGUUGUCGGCCGUGCCGAGAAGGAAGUCGACGACCCGCCCGGCGACGUUGAUAUUUCCGGCUUCGAGGAAGAUUACAGGCGAGUCGAAGAUGUCGCCAAGCCCGCUGACUGGUGCAGAACAGCAACUUCGGCACGCACAACUACUUCCGCAUGGCCGACCGUUAUUCAGGUGACGGUCAAUGUGAAGCGGGCUGGAGCGUCGAUCCAGGCGCGUGUAGCAGCACAACAACUCCGUCAAGUGCAACGGUUUUGCACGCCGAUAUUGAAAAGCCCAGGAGCGAGUGAACCUGAACGCAGCUUCGGGCGCAAGGAGCGGGACAACAAGUUCGGCAAGGACGACUUUUUCGACCCGCCGAUUGGCCAGACGGCUCGACAAUGCCAUCAAGCCGCGCAGCGGCUGAACAACAUCGACUUCGCCAAGUACACAACGCUAACAGCAUCCGAAGCACGGUCCAGGUGUCAGCGCCAGGAGCAAGCCGACACCGCCGCCUACCCGACAGGCGGUUACAGAACGACGACUUCAACACGUACGGCGGUUUCGAGCGCUAGGCGGGCGACAAGGUGCCUGCCAGUGGAAGCCGAACUGGCCGCCCACCCGACAACAGCUACACAACAACGAGCUCGGCAAGUUCAGCCGAAAAUGGCCCCUGGGCGGCAAUUUUUCGAGAUUCGACCCGAUUUGCCGAUGAGCGCUGUCGUCGGUGGCGUCAAGUGCAGCCGAGGACCUCCCUGCCUGGCGCCCCCUCAGCUGUACAACAAACUACGUCGUCACGUGGUCGUUUUCGACCGGCGGCAGAAACUUCCGGUUUUUUUCCGCGCUGCUCGGCGACCGCGACAAGCCGACAUGACCGCAGCUGCGGAAUCAGCAGGCCGAUGCUCUUCCGGCGGCCACAGCGGGUUCCGGGACGACUACAACGAUCGUCGGCUCUACGAACUUCCAGCUCAGCCAAGUGCGUUCAGGAACAUGCUGUCAGCGUUUAUUCGAAAUAAGGCAGGUCUUGGCCAACAAACCAUUGAAAUCGUCACCCCCGAGCAUGGCAUUCGAUCUACGAUUACAAAUGGGCAAGGAUGGGACGGGAUGACUUUGAGCUGCCGAUGGACGAACGAAGAUAAUGGAACAGGCGAGAUUAUUCAUCUUCGCCGCAAUCACCGUGACGACCAAAUGACAUCCUAUCCGACACGCCUCACCUUCCACGGGGAAGACGACAUGCCCGAAUUCUGGAUCGACGUGCGCAAGGACGAUCAGCACGUGGCGACUGUUGCCUCACCAGGAAUCACGCUUCAUUUCAACAGGGAGCCCCAUGUGAUCUCUGCGCCGGCCCAGGUCAGGAUCGAAAACCGUGGAAAAUUCCUGAGUCUCCAUUCUGAACACGCUCGCUUCGUAGAGUGGCCGUCUGUUCUCUUGCUAACUAAAGCGGACGGAACCACCGGUGCCGUGAGGAGCGGCGAGCUUCUACGCCUCGAAGAUCCUUAUCUGGAUAUACCGGCGCUCGAGUUUCUGCUGCAAAUCCCGAAGGGGACUACGAGUCUGAAGGAACGACAGGCCAUACGGUGGCAAACGGCGCAGCUCAAAUUCGCUUCCGUCGACGACAGCGGGGCUGUCACGCAGGAAUUCCUAGUUUCCGACACGGAGACGCCUGACAGAUGCGCGUUCAGGAUGACACUCGCGAAUACGGCCUUUUAUUCUUUCUCUUGGAAUGGCGGGAAACCACGGAUUAUUCCUACCUACAAUGUCGGCCGAAUGUUGACCAUAACUGAGGAUGCCUUUUUGCUGGACGGAGUCUACUACGUGCACCAUAUGAUGUGGAAGACGAGUCGCACCGCACUUCACAUUCUACCGCGUCUUCACGUCAAUAAUUACGCUCGCGCCAAGGCCGACUCGAAGCUGAUGCGACAUGCUUUCCCGGAAGUGGACCCUUUUGUGCUAAAUGGGCAGGGCAUGAUUUUGAUCGACAACUCUGAAGUCCAGUGGAUCUAUCAUCGCGCAUACAAUGCAAAGAAACGUGCCUUCGAGAAGAUCAAGCGC